AUGCGUAAGGCUCAAGAAAGCCAGGAAGCCUUGUUUCGCGGCAAUUAUUGGUACGGCUCAAACUCAGACUCGAUAACAUGUGGAACAAAGAGCACUCCUUACACGCCUAACCGGAUCGCGUCGGAUGACGUUAUUCCCCUGCAUUAUUUUGACGACAAUCCAAUCUUGCGGAAGAUCGUGGUCAACUUCAUGCUGAACUUUGAUGAUGUUCUUGAUCCUGAGAAACUCCAACAAGCCUUGGAAAGACUUGUAACAAGGGAGGAUGGCUGGUGCAGACUUACAGCGCGCCUGAGGCUGAACGUAAGAACACUUUUCAUUUUCAGUAGUAUCCGUUUAUGCCUGCAGAGCUACGUUUAG